UUACUACUACAUGUUCCAGCACCUCUCACGUAGACAUCAAACGCGGUUCUCUGAUUGGCUGAGAAGAGUGUCAAUCAAAGAACCUUCAUCCAAUAGGAUCGUUACUCGCUCUCAAACUAUGGCGGCCAUGUUGCAUCCGUGGGGGACUGGAGGCUGUUCGGAACCGAGUCUGUCUCCAGUCGGGGGUAUACGGUGGGGUUCUCGGGCUUGAACUUGUCUGGGCUUUACACCAUUUGAGAUCUACUCCUCGCCAUGAGCCGUCCGUCCUCUGCGGGUGGUGCGGCAGGAGGACUCGGGGCUGGUAAAGCAGGAGGAAGUAAGCAUGGAGGUUCUGGAGGAGCAACCGCCUCUGCUGCAGCCGCCGCAGCUGCUGCUGCUGCCGCCGCGGCCGCAGCAGCCGCCGUUGGGGUAUCCGGCUCUGUCGCGGGCUCUGGUACGGUAACCGCGGCCGCUGUAUCCCUUCCAGCCACUGCCCUACCGGGACAGUCAGCAGAGCUGACAGCGCUGUUUGAGUGCCCGGUGUGUUUCGACUAUGUGCUGCCUCCGAUCUUGCAGUGCCAGGCUGGGCAUCUGGUGUGUAACCAAUGUCGGCAAAAACUCAGCUGUUGUCCAACUUGUCGCGGCCCUCUCACGCCGAGCAUAAGGAACUUGGCAAUGGAAAAAGUUGCAUCUACUCUGCCGUUUCCGUGUAAGUAUGCUUCCGCUGGAUGUAUGCUGUCCCUCCACCACAGUGAGAAGCCAGAGCAUGAAGAAGUCUGUGAGUUCCGGCCGUACACCUGCCCAUGCCCCGGGGCUUCCUGUAAAUGGCAGGGCUCCCUGGAGGCCGUCAUGCCACAUCUCAUGCAUGCCCACAAAUCCAUUACCACCUUACAGGGCGAGGACAUUGUCUUUCUGGCCACGGAUAUUAAUCUACCGGGGGCUGUGGACUGGGUCAUGAUGCAGUCAUGUUUUGGGCACCACUUCAUGCUGGUCCUAGAGAAGCAGGAGAAAUACGAGGGACACCAGCAGUUCUUUGCCAUCGUGCUGCUCAUUGGCACGCGAAAGCAAGCAGAGAACUUUGCCUACCGCCUCGAGUUGAACGGCAACCGUAGGCGGCUCACAUGGGAAGCCACGCCACGCUCAAUACAUGAUGGUGUAGCAGCGGCCAUCAUGAACAGUGACUGUCUUGUAUUUGAUACCUCCAUUGCCCACCUGUUUGCAGACAACGGUAACCUGGGUAUCAACGUGACCAUCUCCAUGUGCUGAGGUGGCAGCGCAAGGCUUUUUCCAGUGACCCAAACCUAGGACAACCUCUGCUCCCUGUCAGCCUGCAGUUCUGAAGGCAACGGCUGGGAGAUAUAUACAAUUACUGUAUAUUUAUGUUCAAGAGUCAUCCGCUAAAAUAGCACACACUAUCCAGAUUCACUAGUGGGUUGGUAUGCUCGACGGAUGGCAAGAAUCCUUCUGGAAAUGAAGCGGGGAGUGUGCAGGUGUUGGCUAUCAGUUGAAGUCAUUAGUGCAAUUGAGAAUUUCUUUUGCACACCCCAAGGAUACAAACACCUCAACUUUCUGAUUACACCUUCGAUUAAAGUACAGGUGUGGAUGAGCAUCGUCGCAGAAUCAAAAUGCUAACUUAGAAAGAGUCUAGGCAUGAAGGUGUAACAUUUGCCUCAGAAGCUUAUAAAACCUAUAUGUAUAAAAACUGCACUGACUACUUUGGUUUUUGUCUUUGGAUAUUGAGUGAAACCAUGGAAAAUGUACAUGGCAAUAUAAAUGGUAAUCCUCUGAAUUUCAUGGUUGUAUAUCGACUUGAUAAAACAAUGCCCAUGGUGGAAAUGCGGUGUACAUGGAAAUAAAAUACACUUGCAAAAAUGA